CCUCAGUUCUCGCGGGACAAGCAUCCUGACCAAAAGCGUCGUAGAGCCGAAUCCGAGGACGACGCCGUGUCGGGAAAUAAGAAAAACAAACUGAUAAACGAGUAAAUAAGUUCAAAAAAUAAAUAACGAGUCAGCAGCCCUGCCGCAGAUCGGCUUUCGAGCCGUGGUAAAAUAAAUACCGCCGAAUCGGUUCGCGGCUUCUUUAUCCUCGUCUGGACCGACGUCGAUGAGACAGAUUUGACCGUUGGACGAGAGUAUCGCGGUUUUCGAGUUUGUCGUCACUGUGUCUGGACUAAGUUACUAACGGAAUAGUAGAAGACCAAGGACCGGGAAAAUGAUAACGGCAUUGCCAGUGCCCUCGGUAAAGGUUUUCCACAAAACGUACUACCAAGAAAAAUGCCCACGCAUAGGAAGUAGCCAACCCGGAAGUCCCCUGACGGAAAGCGAAGCGGUUUUGGCCCUCCUCGACAAGGAACCGCCGGAAUAUUAUUUCUGCGGAAAGGUGAAUUCUCUCCACGUUGUCGUCGGUUCUCUUUUGCUCGGAGCCGUCGUCCUGGUCGUCGGUCUCGUCCAGCUUGCGCCUGGAGCAGAAGCAGCGCAGAAUUCGGCGGCCCUUAUAGCAGCGGGCUGCGGCCUUUUGGUCGUUGGAGUGCUUUUGGCACCCCUCAGAGCGUUGUGCAUAAGGCGGCAGAAGGCCGCCCACAAAGACGGCGCGCAUCAACGCAGCGUUACCAGUAUAGACAUGCUCUUGGCACAGCAUAGAGAUUUCACGGUCCUGAUGCCCGACGAGCUGGAAGAUCUGGUUGGCCGACCGACCGCUGCUUUGGAGAGCAAAAUUCGUAAGCAGGGUCACAACACCUAGGCCUCGGUAACGCCGUCGGACGGUUCACCUGGAAGCGAAACACCCUCAUCCCCGCAACAGCCGAAAUCACCACCGAAAAUUAACCACCAUAUCGUUAACGCGACGAAUUACACGCACUCGCACAACAUGCGUAAGCACAGCCUCGUCUAGAUAAUGGACGUUCAUCCACCCACCCUCCACAUAUUAUACGGCCGAUCGUCGAUGUAAGUCCCAAUGUAAAUUGCCCGCCUAAGCAUGUCAUCGUCAAAAAAUCACGCUGUCGCGAACUUUCUCAUUAAAUUUUGUAAUUUGGUUAUUUAUUUUUAUCUACUUCUUCUUACCUACUUCCUUUUUUAUUCACAUUUUUAUUUAUUUGUUUAUUUAUUUUAUUUUUCUCUCUCUUCCGAUUUUCUUCGCAACUGUUUUUCCUUUUUUUUUUUUUCUAACCUCGGUACAACAAUUUUUCUCAGCGAGCAUUGAAAUUGAUAUACAUAUUAGAUGCAUAAAAUCGUUAAAGAUGUGAUUAUGUUGAUGACGAAAAAAAAAAAUUUGACUCUUUGAUCGAUGAUUGUGUUGAUAUUGAGAAAAAAAAAAAUUGAAUGAAAUUGUAAAGAUUUGUAUAUUCCUUUUCUUUCUAGUGUUUUCUGUCUUUUUUUAAUUCGUAAAUAAUCCCCUGUACCGAGUUUGAAUUACAGCAUAUUAUUAAUAUAUAACAAUAGACAAUUGUGAAUGUAUAGAAUAACAUUAUGUAUAAGAUAUCAUGAAUUUUAGCGAUUAAACGUUUUUUCUAUAUCAUUCUAAAAGAAAUGAAUUCGGUAUAUGCACAUAGGUAUAUAAUAUAU